GCCCCAAAAUAUAAUUAUAUUAUAUAAUUAUGACAUAGUAAGGUUAGUUAUUAAGACCUAAGGAAAAGUAAUAAAGUUCCUUGAAAGUAAUUUUCAUAAAGUGGAAUUAGCAUUUUACUCAUACUAUCAUACUACUAUAAAAGUAGGCUACAAUCAGAAUUUUGUGGUUCUCAUAUUGUAAUUUAGUGUGUCUAAAGCAUUAACAGCCUAAUGCUGAAUAGGGAAUCCUGCACACAUUUUGGGAAAGGAGUCCGCGUGCAUUGUGUUACAGUUACCCAGGUGAUCACAACAAACAAUGCCGAGAAACGCGCGAGUGACAAUUUGCAGCGGACCUUAUGAAUCCAACGGGGUCGUCAAACACAGGUCCCGCCGCCUGCAGGGUCUCCAGGCCGCUUUGAGAGCGCGCGGACACCACAGCGUCUUGGAAGAAACGAGCGAUUGGAACAUGGUGGAGCUCGCUGUCAACGGGGAGAUCGUCUUCAGCUGUAAUAUAAAGCAGCUGCAGUUUGGUGGAGAUGGAGAACUGGACCCUGUUUGCAAAGAAGCUGUAACUGCUGUGGAGAACGCUUACUGAAGAUAACCAUUUAGAUUUUAAAUUAAAAAAUAUAAAACACCAAUGUG